UAUUUCUUCACUUACAUAUAAUAUAUAUAGAGAGAGAGAGCUAUAUUUAUUCCGAUGAAAGCCAUCGGCCUCUCUCCCUCUGUUCCUCUUGAAGCAAAGCAAAAGCUUGGCGAAGCUUCAGAAAUGGCUGCUGACGUGAGCGCUCUGGUUCGGGUCUUGAAUGGCUACAACAAGGAGGAUCAGCUUCGGACGGUUGGGAAUGAUUCGAGCGGUGAGAAAUCUAUGGCUCCGAUUACUCGUGACCUUCUUGGUGGGUCCUCCUCGUCCACCUCCUCCUCCUCUAAGCUUGCCGAGUCGCAGGAAUUGGACCUCGACUUGCAGGUCCCUAAUGGUUGGGAAAAGCGCCUAGACUUGAAGUCAGGGAAAGUCUACCUACAAAGAUGUAACACUCCAUUGACCCCAAGUUCACCCUCAAUAGCAGAACACAAACACCAAACCGACACAACAGUUCCUAAGCUUCAAGAUUUAAAUUUCCCGCCAUCUCCAUCGAAAAUCACAUUGAAUCUUUUUGAAGAAACUUGCUUGGAUUUGAAGUUAGUAUCGCCCUCCUCUUCGUCGAAUACAUAUCAAAGUGUAUGCACUCUUGAUAAGGUGAAAUCAGCACUCGAGAGGGCAGAGAAAGAGCCGAUCAAGAAGAGAGGAUCACUUUGGAAAUCAUCCUUGUCACCUUCGUACUCUUCAUCAUCCUCUUCUAUCAGACAAACACAGGAAGAAGAUCAUGAAGAUCAAUUGUCAUCCUCGCCGAUUGCAGCAGGGUGCCCCGGAUGCUUAUCGUAUGUAUUAAUAACGAAAAGUAACCCGAAAUGUCCUCGGUGCAGUUCUACCGUCCCAUUGCUGAUGAUGAAAAAACCUAGGAUUGAUCUCAACAUAUCCAUUUGAGAGAUUAAAGAAUAUUACUUAUGGUUUAUAUUAAUAUUUCUAAUUUUGUAGAUUAUAGACUAGAUUAGAGCUUAAGAAAUAGAUUUAUCAAUAAAAGAACAUUGUACAUGUUGAAAGGAUCGUGGUUUUGUCAGUAUAGUUGAUAGAAAUGUUAUUCCCUUCUGAA